AUGUGUUUCGGGGGCCGAUCGAAGGAUGAUGGCGGCGCUGCCCGCUCGCGCGACCUGGACCGCUUGAUCCGCCAGGACGAAAAGAAAAUGUCGAAAGAAGUGAAGCUUCUGUUGCUGGGUGCCGGAGAAUCUGGAAAGUCGACCGUGCUCAAGCAGAUGAAAUUGAUCUACGCCCAAGGUUUCAGCAAAAACGAGAAGCUCGAGUGGAAGCCUGUUGUUUUCAACAAUAUCGUACAGUCCUUCCGCCUGAUCCAAGACGCCAUGACCGAGAUGCACAUCGAGUUUAGCAACCCAGAAAACGAGGCAAGCAUAACCCGAAUACGCCAAUUGCGCGCUAAACACAUGGCGCACAUCCUGGUGGAACACGAGAUCAACGCUUCAGAUCCCCUCCCGCGCGACUACCUGCAGCCCAUCAAGGAGCUCUGGACUGACGGCGGCGUCAAGCAAGCCAUCGCAAAGGGCAAUGAGUUCGCACUCCACGACAACUUGGCAUACUUCUGUGAUGACUUGGACCGCAUCUGGAGCGAUGCCUACGUACCGACGGACCAGGACUUGCUUCGCUCGAGAUUGAGGACUACGGGUAUCACGGAAACGGUUUUCGACCUCGGCCAACUGACCUACCGCAUGUUCGAUGUUGGCGGCCAGCGCUCAGAACGAAAGAAGUGGAUCCACUGCUUCGAGAACGUCAACUGUCUGCUCUUCCUCGUCGCCAUUUCUGGAUAUGACCAGUGCUUGGUCGAAGACAAGGACGGCAACCAAAUGAACGAGGCGCUCAUGUUGUGGGAGUCAAUUGCCAACUCGCACUGGUUCACCAAGUCUGCCCUGAUUCUGUUCCUCAACAAGAUGGAUCUCUUCAAGGAGAAGCUGCCCACCAACCCCAUCACAUCACACGGCUUCACCGACUACCACGGACCUGCCGACGACUGGAAGGCUGCCAGCAAGUACUUUCUGGACAAGUUCCGUGCCCUGAACCGAAACACGGAGAAGGAGAUCUACGGCCAUUUCACGAACGCGACCGACACAAAUUUGCUCAAGAUUACUAUGGGCUCAGUGCAGGACAUGAUCAUACAGCGCAACCUCAAGCAGCUGAUACUAUAA